GCCGAGCGGACUGGCGUGGAAAGGAGCGCUCCGUCGCUGGGGCGAUAGCCAGUCGCGGCCGAGUGCGCGCUCUCCACCCUUCGCCCAUCGGCUUCGCCUCGGUUGCGCGGGUAUUCCCUAUAGCGGUUGAACCUCUUGGAAGUUGGUGCCGCAGCAAAAUCCGGCAAGAUGGAGGAAGCCUAUGAAGACAUAGAUCAAAUGUUCAGUGAUUUAUUGGGAGAAAUGGAUUUGCUAACACAGAGCUUAGAAGUGGAAGCCAUGCCUAUUCCUCAGCAGAAAUCAUCUGAGGUGGAAGCCAUGCCUAUUGCUCGCCAAAAAUCAUCUGAUGCUGAAUUUAAUUUUGCAGUUGGUUUCAAAGAUUUAAAUGAGUCCUUGAAUACAUUGGAAGAUACUGAUUUAGAUACUUUGAUGGCUGAUCUUAUAGCAGACAUCAGUGAAGUAGAAAAGACAACAUUACAAGAACCAAAGAAUACCUCUUACAAUGAACAAGGUGCCAUAGUGCAGCCACCUGCAAAGACUGUUCCUAUUUGUGGAACUCAAUCAUUGCUGAGUAAUAUUCCUCCACCUGGUAUGAAUAAGUUACCAGCCCCUCCUGCAGAAAUGCUAAUGCCAUUGCCACCGCCUCUAGCCAUUCCUCCGAAGCCACUCACUAAGGAAGCACAAGAACAAGCAAAAGCUGACAAGAUUAAACUAGCAUUAGAAAAACUAAAGGAAGCCAAGGUUAAAAAGCUUGUUGUCAAGGUGCACAUGAAUGAUAACAGCACAAAGUCUCUAAUGGUGGAUGAACGACAAGUGGCACGUGAUGUCUUAGACAAUCUCUUUGAAAAAACCCACUGUGAUUGCAAUAUAAACUGGUGCCUUUAUGAAAUAUAUCCUGAGCUACAAAUCGAAAGAUUUUUUGAAGAUCAUGAAAAUGUGAUUGAAGUCUUAUCCCAUUGGACUCGAGACAGUGAAAAUAAAAUACUGUUCUUGGUGAAAAAUGAAAAAUAUGCUGUAUUUAAAAACCCUCAGAAUUUCUACUUGUCAAGCAAAGGAAAAAAUGAAAGCAAGGAAAUGAAUGAGAAAAGCAAAGAAGCAUUAUUGGAGGAAAGCUUCUGUGGUACAUCUGUUGCUGUGCCAGAAGUUGAAGGUGCCCUUUAUUUAAAAGAAGAUGGAAAGAAGUCCUGGAAAAGGCGAUAUUUUCUUCUACGAGCUUCAGGCAUUUAUUACGUCCCCAAAGGAAAGACCAAGACAUCCCGAGACUUGGCUUGUUUCAUACAGUUUGACAACGUAAAUGUUUAUCAUGGUGUGCAAUACAAAACGAAGUAUAAGUCCCCUACUGAUUAUUGUUUUGUCCUAAAGCAUCCUCAAAUACAGAAGGAGUCACAGUACAUCAAAUACCUGUGCUGUGAUGACAAGGAGUCUCUACAACUUUGGGUAACUGGUAUCAGAAUUGCAAAGUAUGGAAAGGCCUUGUAUGAUAACUACAUUGGUGCAGUACAAAGGUUAACUUCUCGUCUGGCAAAGCCAGGAAUUACUAAAUCCAUAGCUUCUGGGGGAUCAUCUUCAAAAGGUAGCUUUCAUGCCAAUGGACAAAUUCCCCAAAACAUAACUCUUAAUACAGCGAUCACUGCAGAAACUGGAAAAUCUGCUGAUAUGCCAAAGAUAGAAAUUAAUGUUAAAAAGCCAGAUGAUACUUUCAAUGCUGGUCAAACAUCAUCCCUACCUGUACAACAGGUGAAACAGAUCCGCAAACGUAGUGGUUUUCAGCCUCCUCCCCCUCCUCAAAGAAGAUCUUCUGCUAUUACUGCGACACUGGAUUUACCCAGCAUUACUGAGAGAGAAAAUCCAACUUUCUUACCAAAUUAUGAAGAAUUUCCACCACCCCCUGAAUUUAUAUCACUUCCUCCCAAUUUGGAAGAUCUGCCGCCGCCACCGCCGCCACCACCAUCUCCACCGCUACCUGAAUACUGUGAAUCUCCUCCUGAUUUCACUCCUCCCCCGCCUCCUUUUCUUCCUAUUGGCAUUGGCUCUGCAGAACUACCACCACCACCACCCUCAUUCUCUGCCCCUGGUCUUCCUCCUGCAACCAAGAAGAAACCACCACCACCUCCUAGAAGACAAGAAGAAGGCGCUUGUCAAGUCGUAAGACCAAAACAAAGUGGAUCAAUUUCAAGGGGACAUGCUUCUGAACAAGGAGAUUUCAUGUCUGAUCUAAUGAGAGCAUUGCAAAAGAAAAGGAGUGAGUCAUCAUGAACUAAGUAGUUUCAAACAUCAGGCGAUCUAAAGGAGUAUAUGCUAAAAAAAA